AUGAGCGAACUCAGAAACAUCGAUGCCGUUGCAACUCCCAAGCAGGGAGAAUUCCACCCUGGCGUAAAAACAACAGCACCAUUGAGUGGCGAAAAACAUCAUCUAGGCGUCAAGGCCAGCCCAGCUGACGGCGCCCCUGAAUUUCACGCCGAGACCUACCCACCAGGCACAGCACCCAAGGAUGCAACCUACACGCCUAAUGUCGAAGGCGAAUCGGGGGGCCAGGGGUUCAACGAUCUCAUGGAUCGAAGCCACGGCAAACAGUCAACUCGCACCAAACCCGAGGAUGCGCUGAUGGGCGCCACGUCCAAGGAUGUCUAUAAGGGGUUCGGCUAUCCCGGCGCCAACCAGUCGCGGACUGAGGCCCGACAUGAGGGUGCACAUGGGAGGAAGAAGCAGCCUUCCGGUCUUGAAGGUGUCGGUGCCUAUCGCGAGGACAAGUUUGAGCGGACGCUUGCUGAUCAGCGUGGGAUUGAGCGGGAGCAAAAUAGCAGCGGACGUCAUGGAGACAAGGGCGUACUUGGAGCUGAGGACAUCCAGCCUGAGUCUGCAGAGACCGUGGCUAAAGAGUGGAAGUAUGAGCCUGGGACCAAGAGGACGGAGGCUGCACGGCAUUAG